AUGUUUGCAAACCGAAACCACCUUUUUGCCAUCUCUACAAGUAAACUCACAGAGGAACCAAAGAGCAACUCUCUCUAUCACGAUUAUGUGAUGCAAACUGGAUCUUUAUAUUCUUAUUGUGCACUUUCUCCGAUAAACAAGUCGAAUGUGAAGGAAAUUCGGUCGAAUGAAACAGAUUAUGUGAUGGCAAUUUCUGAUUCUUGCCACAAUCAAUAUUCAUCUGUUUUAACUUAUUAUUCAUCAUUUGAUAUAUUUUCUGAUGCUGCCGUCGAUUCGGAUAUUCUCGCACAAACAUUUUCUAAAAGUAAUACGAAACUAUUUGAUCCAAGCGAAAGAAUAAUCAAUGUGGAAAUUGCAUCACAGAAGAAAAUUGUAUUGACCAAUAUGAAAAUGUACAUUGCUCAACAAACUGAUGAGACUUUAAGUAAUGGUGUAGAAUUACCACAAUUACAAGUUGGUGAUCAAGUGAAAUGUGUGAGAACUAGUUCUAGAACUGAGUUCUUUUUCUUGCUAACUGAAAUGGGAAAGGUUUAUGUUUAUGGAAAGAAUAGCAGUGGAGUAUUUGGAUUAGGGACAGAUCAUGAUAUGAACCUUACUAAAUUUACAUUCCACGAAUUUUUAUCAUCCCUUCCAAGUCCAGUUGUUGAUAUUGAAAUGGGCUACUUGUUUGCUGUUGUGAGAUGUAAGAAUGGUGAUUGUUAUGGAUGUGGAUACAAUUGCUAUAUUAAUGUGGGUGCUGAAGGAGAUAGAACAGUUGAUUUGAAUCAUUUUACACUUGUUUCUAAAUUGCAAGGUCGAGUGAAGAAACAUGCUUGUGGAAGUUUUCAUUCAUUGUACUUGACUUUUAACAAUGAAUUGUAUGGAUGUGGUUUAAUGACAGAUGGUCAACUUGGAAAAGUGUGGGAAGAUCAAUAUAAGAAUACUGACUGUGUCAAUUUGGUAAGAAUUCAGUUUGAGAAUGCGUCCCAUUUCAAAUCUAUUUGUUGCUCUGGAUAUUCCUCCUUUGCUCUUUCACAAAAUAAUGAGCUAUUGCAUUUUGGUAAGAGUAGUAGUAACGUGAAACAUCAUAGUAUUCUCCGAAAGACUGAACACCUCACAUUCGUUCCAUUAUUUAAUGCUCAUGAAUUAAUUGGAGAUUUCGGAAGAAAACCAGAUGAAAUUGUAGAUUUGGCAGUAAUGAAAGGAAAUGAUUUAUAUUGUGGAAUGAUUAUGUGUAGAGAAGGAAUUCAAAAAGGAAUAAUUGAAAUGGAAAAUUAUUUACGGAGAUUUGCUGUGCACAAUGGAGCCAUGACUUUGAGUGAUGUCACUUUGCAUUUCUAA